AUGCAACCGCAGGAACGGCGCUUCAGAUUCUCCUAUUCCGUGCUCACCGUGCUUUCGAUAUUCGCCGCCACCGCUCUGCGUCCAAUUCUACUCGUGAGCUCACCAACUUUUUCCGUGUUCAUACAUUUCGUUUGACUUGAAAAAAGUUAGGAAGCAAAGAUAUAAUGGCCGUUUGAAAAGAAACUAUAAACGAAAUUGGAAACCAGUGAAUUGCAGGGUCUCGUGAAUCCGCAUUUAUUCAGACAAAGGAAUAUAAUUCAGACGGUGAACCGGGUUUCUGAAAAGGUGAAACCCCGUUUUGCAGAAUGCUAUCAAUAACUGAUUUCAGCUCACAUUCGAGACAAUCCACGAGGACAGCGAGUUCAAAGCCUUUUCGGAGGCACUGAAAGCCAUGCCGAAACCUCCCUAUCUCAUUUUUGUAACCCUUUCGCUGCCAUUCCCCUCAUCUCUUCAUUUUAUUGCAGUACGACUCCAACAAUCUCGACGUCUUCCUCAAUCACAUCUGCAAUUUGGAGUUCAUUCCGAACGCGCUUCCCCGUCUCGUCGCCGUCUCGUUUGACACGACUGCACACAUGAUCCUCAAAGAGAAACAUCCUGAUAUUCGGAGUGUGAUCGUUGAUUUAAACCCUCUCAAGGUGAGAUCUCGAUCAUUUUUUCGGUCGAUACAAUCUGUGACGGAAUUCACAUUGCAAGUUGUAGGAGGCGUUGGAGGACGGAUACGAGAACCGUCGCUACAUUAUCUAUCAGCUCGUUUUGCUCGUUCGCACCAGAAUUUGUGCAUCGUUGGCACUUCGUGGAAUCGACUUCUGGGCAAUGCAGCAGGUUUUGAAAAGAAACUAUAAAAGUAGGUAGAAAAGCUCUCAUUUUCAUUGAAGGACUCGUUAUGGAUCGAAAACUUUGAGUCGAUGAAUCUCGAGGACCGAUAUCCGAACGCUUCGAUGCUGUUUGACACAGUUGGAAAUGAGCAGGUGAGUCGAGAAAUACGCAAGGAAUGGAAAUUGAAUGACUCAGCUGCGAGAGUACAACCGAAUGCACGGAUGGAUUUGCGGAUCGACGUUUUUCGUGAGAGGAAGCCCGAUGACUCAUCAGUUUUUCAUGCAGGUAACGUGAAAAUUCGGCCUCCCAAUUCAGGUAGAGCGCAUUAGCAACACGUAUGACGCAAAAAUAUAAAGCUUCGCACUUUUCCCUGCUAAAACAAGAAUUGCAAGAUCCGAAACGUCGAUUAUCCUUUUGUGAUUCGUUGUGUAAAAUAUAUGCAAUAGUUAUUCCAGAUCGACGCAUUUAUGCGUUCCCAUCAGAGUCCGGACUCUUCCAUAAUGACCUACUUAUGCGGACACCGACAAUAUAAAUGCCAGAGACUUCCCAGAUGGUCAGUCCGUUUCCCUUCCAUUUUCAUUUCUCUUCGCAGGGUCAUCUCGUCGUCCGAUUACUUCCGUGGCACUCGUGACACUGUUCCCGUCCUGAUACAAGUGGAUUCGGAACAGAAAGAGGAGACCAAAAUGGAACUGUUCCAACGGGCUCACUUCAUAUUCCGGCACGAGAACGGCACUUGCGACAGAGAGUCCGUGCACAGAUUAAAGUGGGAAAACGGAAACGAAUUGUUGAACGCAAUGGGCUUGUUUUGCAGGGACGCCGUGCGAUUGGCCUUCCCGGAGAAAUUGAAGCUACUCAAGCACUACUACUACGAAGAGAGCUGGCUUCAGAGGCUGCAGUACGCCUACAAGCACAUCUUCAACGUGGACCGAUACAAUAACAAAGUGUUCCUGACGGUCCAUUACUCUCUCGUCUAG